AUGUCCGCUAAGGUGCCUUCCCUUGAAGGCUUGCGGAAAGACCUGAAAUCGGGAGCCCCCUCAAUCGACACCCUCAGAUAUCUACGUUCCAUUCUAAGCCCGAACCCACAGAAAAAACAACAUGCUGCAACGGUUCCCUCCAAGGAUAAAUCUUCCAAGAUUACAGCGUCCACAAAGCCUGCGCCGCCGAAGCCAAAGCCAAAGUCGUCUCGGGCUGGGCCUCAAGCCAUCCCAGUCCAUAAGGAUUUAACAACCUCCAUACCAGACCUAACGUCUCAAGACCGGCGAAAACUAGCCACUGAAGUGUUCAAUUCGACCCUUAAACAGCUUGGUGAGGCGGUUAAAAUACAAAAGGCAAAGCUUCAAGUUGGCUUAGAAGCCGAGGAGAACAAUGCCUUUCAGCAAGAACCAUUACAGCAACGCUCGCCGAACAAGGGUAAAGGGCGGUCGGCCGACACCAAGAGUAGAAUGAAGAAUACGACUAAGACUUCGAUCGCCUCACCUGAAGAGCUCUGGGCCACACAGGCUGGAUGUGCCCUGACCGCAUUGUGUUGUUUGCGGGUUUGCGACACUUCAGAAAUCAGCGAAAAGGCAGCCCAGAACCAAAGCCUCGUGAAUGGAUCUCUUAUUCUCUUGGACCGAAGUAUCACUUUAAACCUUGCAGCUGAGGCUGAGGCACAAGCAAAAGCCAUCUACGAGCUUCACUGCUCUCAGACGGCGACUGCGUCUCAAGACCUGUCCCAUCCUUCGACGACAUUAUCCGAUUAUCUUCUCGGCGGAUCGGAUGCAAUUACUGCCAAAAGAGACUUCAGUUUCACUGUUUCUUUCCAAAGCCAAAUGCUGCGACUCGCCCUCCUUCUUGGUGCACAGUGUGUCAACAAUAAUUUGGUGCAGUCCCUCAACCUGCAAACUGUUGGAAGCCCUGGGUGGGUCACAAUUCAAGGAUUGCAACUUGGACAUCAAACUCCAGAAACAGCUGGCUCUCAACUCCGAACAAUAUCAUUGGCUAUCUCGAAGCUACACUCGAUCGCUGUUAAAACUGAACACAGCAUGGUGCAGCCUGAUAUCGCUUACUCUUUAUAUUGUAUUGGCCUGCAGAUCAAGUUUGAGUCUUGGAAAUACCUCCAUAUCACUCCGAACCCUUACAACGAUGUCUGGCGACACUUUAUCAUUGCCAUGAGGAAGUUUACAGCAAUGAGCAGUACGCCUGGACAUGCGGAACUAAUCUUGAUAUCAAUCAGAAGAGUGCAAGCGUCCCUGAAGUCUCUGGAUUUGGGCAUUUCUCUGCCUCCAGAACUGCUGGAAUCAUUGGCCCGCGCGAAGGCUCAUAUAUCCCAUCACAAAGGCAUCGAUGAAUUGAUCAGGGAUGCUGCUGGAACAUCAGACCCCACAACCGCGCUUAUUCUUAAAUUUGAGAGUAUCGUCUCGUCUCUAAGUCAAAUGCCCACCGACGCCGCAGCGGCUAUGAAAUGUUUGGCUGAAGAUAUGGGAACAUUCCCAGCGACGCCGGAAUUGAAAAUGGCCCAGCUUCAACGUUUACUACUUGCUGCUGCUCCACUUCGCAAGGCGUUGCUGUCAAUGGUCUCGCCGAGUCUGCCGACUGACGUGCAUAAGCCUGUGACUGAGCAUUUCCAAAAGAGCUGUACAGUCUUACUCACCACUUGUGCGGACUUUCUCUUCCGAAAAGUGAAAGCGAUCUCAGAGGCAUCUUCGACAGAUAUCAGCCUAGAGCAGACUCGUGCAUACUUGGCAACGUUAUUAAAGAACGCGGAUGUGUUGCUCAUCCUAGAGAGGAUGCCUCUUGUUCACAAAGACAGGCACUCAGAUCAUGAACAAGAUUUCCUUGAACACAGCCGAACGAUCCUUUCGUUCGUCAGUGCACAGUCUGCAGCCUUGGAGAGUAAUCAAGCACUUCGGACAAGUGUUCACCAAAUGCAACUUCGCAUUUCUCAGGCGUACUGGUUGAGAUAUCUCGACGCCGUUGAAUCGAGAAAGCCCACAACAGUGCAUACUUGUCUCUUGCAGUCCAGUUUAGAUGGCCUGGAUGGAUUAUCAGUCCCACAGAAAAUAGCCGCACAUGCUUGCUUGAAGUAUCAGAGGCUUGCUUCGUGCUUCAUCGAAAUUAACGAGCAAGAUAAGGCUGUGUCCGCUCUGAAAACGGCGAUCAAUUUAGAUAUUCAGAAUGGUUCCUUGGACAUUGCUGUGCAAAGAGCACAAAAUCAUCCUUUCCAUCAAGUCUGGGCUCAAUCAGAAUCAGCUGCUUGUGUCGGUCUUGGUAACAACUUGGCCACCUUUGCGCGGGUAUCUUUCUCAUCAUCAACCAAGCUUACUACGGACGAAAUGUUCUUCGACCCUCAAGAAUCUUCAGCUAUCCACCGGGCCGUCGUGAUCGACAAACAGGUCUACACGGUGCUUUUGCUCGGAAAGACUCUCAAUACUCAACAGGUGCGAUGCCUGUCUUUACAAAUCAAGUUCUUACUUGAGCUACUGUCGGAACCGCAAUACCAUGUUCUGCAGCUAGGCUUCCUGAGUCGCCUUUUACAUCUGCAACUGAGUAGCCCUAUCAAGGUUCUCAAUGAUCUGAUCGACCCUGGUCGUAUUGAAGGAUGCCUUGCAUCGACAAAAAUGCCUCACAAGGAUGUAUACCUCCACCCGUAUUGGACAGUCUUGGUGCACGUCUUGAACCUUCAGUAUGACAUGGCGACUGGACAAGUUCUCUCCCACCGGUUAGAAGAACAUUUGCACCGAUUAGGAAAUGCGAUCCUACAUUGCCAAAACCUAGAGAGCUUCUCGAAGAUCGUGGGAAACGCUGACGUGCUAUUGAACGUCCUUCAGCAUUGCGUCAAUUACGCGUAUCACUUCGAAACCCUUAGAUGUGGUCGGGUUGCUUUGGAAAUGAUGCGAGUUAUCAUGGAUCAUGGCAACCCAGAUGUGGCAAGGUCAAAGCCUGACGUCCUCCUACAACUCGCUCGACUUCAUAUCCGUCUUCGUGAUGUGGCAGCUACUAAUGAUGCCUUGUGCGCUGCUGAACUUGCAGUGGCUGCACAGGGAACGGAUCCCGUGGCUAAGCUUUUAUAUGCAAUAUUGCAGUCAGAGCAACACUUGCUCCUCGAGAACUUUGCGAAAAGCUCCACAUAUCUGGCUCAGGCUAGGUCGGUUUGGGAGACCAUGCAAAUGUCUACGAAUACUUCUCGCAAAGCUCGCUUGAACCUACAGACGUUACUGUGUCAGGCUACCAAUAUUGCAUCCCGGCUUGCGUUUCAGAUGAGAGACCUCCCAAAAGCAGUGAUAUACGCGCGCCAAUCAGUCAAGAUUAUUGCUGGGAUAUGGGCAUCGAUCGAGAGAAACGCGGGCCAGGUUCAGGAUGACAGCAGUGCAAGCCCCGACAGCUCGUUAGGCAACCUAGCGACUGAAAUGUCAAGACUUGAGAUCUCAGACAAGCACGAGAUACGUCGAGAGAAUUACAAUGUCGCCAUUCAUUGUCAGCACGCAAUGCUUUAUUGUUCCAGCUUUGAGAAUUAUGCCUCGCUGACAUCCCAUUGUGGAUCAUAUCAAACGGCAGUUUUCUUCUUGGAGCAAUCUUUGACCGUUGCAAAGAAGGUUGGACUACUAUCGUGUACUGAUGGUAUAAACAGCUCGCUUGCCUUGCUCCAUGCCCGGGCAGACAAGCACACCAAAGCUAAGGAGAGCAUCCAGUCUUGUGUACCGAUUCCACAGCAAUGUGACCUCAAUCUCGAGAGGAUUUGGAUCAUGAUCGAUCAAGCGGACACAUAUCUUCAAUUAGGAGAGUAUGAGACGGCCAAUAAAAUGUUAGAGGAAGCUCGUCAGCAGCUUUCUCCCGGCCAAAGCAAGGGAACGGAGAAGAGUAUUGGGAGAACUGCGCCCAAACAGCAGACGUCUGUCGCUCCCAGAAGAAAGGCGCCCUCCAAAACCGCACCACCGAAGGCCUCCAAAGCCAUGGUAUCAAGUGAGAAGUUUCAGACAAUCGGCACUCUAGGAACAAAAAUUGCCCUGAAAAGGAUAUCAGCAAUUCAAGGCGAGCUUUCCCUGCGGAGCAACACACUGGUUUCGUUGCCGUGUAUCGGUGGUGACGACCCAGACCGCCGCAAUCCCCGGAAAGCAAUCAGUGAAGCGCAGAAGUUGGUGCACGCGGCAUUGGCACAAUUCUCAGAGGAUGCGGCAAACAAUGUUCUCGUUGAAACAGCGGUGGGGGUUCCUGUAAGAUACAAGUCAUCCGGUAAGGGUGGCAGAGUGUCGUUUGUGCAGACUGCCGGCCCAAAAGCGGCCGGGGACAAGACUGUGUCACGAAAGUCAAAGGAAGCAAAGCCUAACCUGCCGCAGGACCAGGUGGCUGAUGGAAGGAGUCUUCUUCUCCAGGCCUACGAGCAAAUUUGCAAUCUAAAGAAGGAAAGUGGAUGGCUGCUCCCAUCGGAUUCGGUGCACGCAAUUCAUAGGAUCUUGUCCCAGAUCACGUUGCUCUCCAGUGCUCUAGGAGAAGCCCAGGUUACCUCAUCAGCACAACUCUUGAGUGUUGCCAUGUGUCCGUUGGACGAGAUGCAAGAUCGGGCCACCGCCCUGACAAACGGUGAGGUUGCAACGGCCGAUGUUGCCAACAUGCAUCAGUGGCCAGCUCUCCUGGCAGAACAAGCUGGUGCCACGCAUGAAUCUAUCAGCGAAACUGUGCCAAAAUCUAUGUUGGAGUCAAUUCCAUCGACAUGGUCAAUUGUCUCAAUAGGUUUGAAUGACGGUCAGAACGAGCUCCUAGUGACCAGAACGUCAUACGGCCAGUCGCCGUUCGUGCUAAGAAUCCCUCUCGUCCGACCAGAUCCAACCGAGUUGGAUCAUGAGGACCUCAGUUUUGAGAAGGCAAAGGACGAGCUUCAGAAGAUUGUGAUUGCUGCAAAUCGAUCGGCUCAUGAUGCAAGGGGUUGCGCACCAGACAAGAAUACCAGGAAAGCAUGGUUCGCAGAACGCCAGGCAUUAGAUGCACGACUUGCCGCUCUCCUGGAGAACAUGGAGAACAUCUGGUUUGGAGGUUUUCGAGGAUUGCUUUCCUCGGGCGGUCGCCAUCCAGCUGCACUCUCGCGCUUCGCCAAAAGCAUGACGGGCAUCCUCAAUCGACACCUACCAUCGCGACAAAAAACGGUCAAGGGGCAGGUGACAACCAAGGUUGAGCUACACACUCACGUGUUGGAGUUGUUUGUGGCUCUAGGUCACCCUCGAGGACAAGACCUUGAAGAAUCCAUCACGGACCUCAUCUACUUUGUGAUUGACGUUUUGCAGUUCAAUGGAGAACGCAAUGCGUACGAUGAGAUCGACUUCGACAGUGUGCUUGUUGAAGUUCUGGAUGCAUUGCACGCGUAUCACGAUGAAGUGUCAAAGGCAAAUCACGAGGAUGAUUGGCAUGUGGUGUUGAUUCUAGACAAAGAACUACAAGCAUUUCCGUGGGAGUCACUUCCAUGCAUGAGAUCGCGGUCUGUGUCGAGAAUGCCUUCACUAAAAGCAACAUGGACGAGGUUGGAGAGUAUGCGCAAACAAGAGAAGCACAAGCAAGGCUUAGUCGCAUCGUCAGCCAAAGGAACAUUCAUUCUCAAUCCGUCGUCGGAUCUCAAGUCGACACAAGAGACAUUCCAGCCCAUCUUUGAACGUCAACUCUCGCACUUCAAGGGCAUCAUCAACCAAGCCCCGAGUGAAACGGCUUUUGAGAAUGCGUUAAGGAUGGAUGAUGUGCUACUAUACUUUGGGCACGGCGGAGGAGCACAGUACAUUCGAGGUGGCACCAUCCGCAAGAUGAAGCAGUGUGCUGUAACGCUCCUGAUGGGAUGCAGCAGUGCUAAGCUGACGGAGUACGGAGUAUUUGAGUCGCAAGGGAUGCCAUGGAACUAUAUCAGCGGAGGCAGUGCUGCAGUAGUAGGGACAUUGUGGGAUGUGACAGAUCGAGACAUUGACCGAUUUGCCAUGGAAUUGAUGACCGAGUGGGGGUUGCUUGAGAAGAACGGGGAGACGAGCAACAAGACGGGCAAAAAAAGAUCGGACAAGCAGGACACAAAACUGGGAAAGGCAUCUCUCAGUGAAGCAGUUGCAGGAGCACGAGACGGCUGCCUCCUGAAAUAUUUGAAUGGGGCAGCACCUGUGGUUUAUGGAGUGCCAGUGUAUCUGGAAUAAAUAGGGACAAGAUGUUGCCCUAGUUGAACUAUUGGACUUUGA